CUCGCUCUAGCCUAGUGCCUACGCGCAUUCCGCGCUCAGAGAAUUGUUGGUAAAACCGUGGUCUGUGGAGGUUACAGUAGACUCUCAAAUGUUUAUGAACUUUAAAUCGAUUUACUCUUCAAAGAUAUAGGCCUACUUAUUUUGUGAUGUUAUGAUAUUGUAUGGUUGGAAUAAUGUUGGUGGCCUAGGCUCAGCGGAAAAACACGGAAAGGACCGGUGACAAAAGCCUGCUUCUGGAACCAUCAGACCAUGGAGGAAAAAAAAUCGGAAGGAGGUUUUCGUGUACAUGUACCCACAGACAACAAUAAUUUCACCUUCUCUCUUCGGAAUGCCGCACAACGUUGAGCACACACUAACUAACACAAUGGCCAAUGGCGUCGUUACAACAAGUAGUAGCAGCAGUGUGGAGGAUUAUACGGCCUCAGAAGAUUUAAUGGACAUAUCAACAUUCUCUACUGCCUCGACCCACACGACCCCACCAACAACCCAAAAUGCAAUCCCAACAUCUGUUAUCACCCCCACUUCAAUGGGUCACUGGGCGAUUGCAUCCCACGAUAUGCAUGGGGGAUUUGUACCACCAGCCAUCACUACCACCCCCGGCCACAUCCAGACAACUGCCACCCCCCACAUUGUAACUGCUAGGAGCCAAGUCCAUGGCAGACGAUCAACUAACAACAAGAACUUUGCUGUCACUGCCAAUGACAUCGAGCUUCUUCGCCAUUCACCGUCCAACACAAGGAGAAGAAUCCGAGAUGAAGAUUUAUCCAAAGAUGAACGAGACAAAAGAAAGGUGCGCAGAGAGAGAAACAAGGUUGCUGCCGCAAAAUGUAGACAGAGACGAGUAGACCAUACCAACUAUCUUGUGCAGGAAACGGAAGAAUGGGAGGAAUCAAAUGCCACUUUGGAACAGGAGAUCUCCAAACUACAGCAACAGAAAGAACAGCUGGAGUUCAUUCUUGAAGCACACAGAGCCAUGUGCAAAAUUAACAAAAGCGCAAAAGAGGAUGCCGAAUUGGCGCCUACUUCACGCACCAUUACGACCAGCAGCUUGGAGACGCCGACCACCGAGAUCGUCACGCCCACGGCUUCAGUUUUUAGCUUCAGCGAAACAUGCGCUACGAAUACAGUCAGCAAUGGAGUCAUCAGUCCAACCUGUGGUUCUGAGAUGAUCAAGGUUGAAUCGAGCAGCGGCAGCGAAAUGUCAAGCCCAGACACCAGCAGAACACUCCUUCAGUUAUAGACUUCUGUCUACAUCUUCGUAAAAAAAUCCCACAAAGUGCAAAUGUACGUGGAAUGUAUUCGUGAAACUUAAAUGUUUCGCUGCAACAUUCUACUGAUGAACACUUUAUUUAUUACGUUGUCUGGACAAUUAAAGUACUGUAGUCACGAUUUUUGUAUUCUUCAUCGGAAAUUGAUCCUAGAUUUAAAUGCACUGUAUAUUUGUGACUUCAAUCAAAAUUUGAUAAUGAAGUCUAUAUAGAGGGGAUCUUACGGGUACAAGAUAAACUAAAAUGCUAGAAAGUCCUAAUCACUUUGAUUCUGUGAACAUAAUGUAUGUGUGUGUUAAGAUUUUAUUUUAAUCGGAAGCAUUUUGAAGUGUUUUUGCCUUUUUAUUUUUGCAUGUGCAAUAUUCAGAUUGUAUGCUAUGAUUAAAAAAAACGAACAGUAGAGCAUGUUGGUAAUAUGUUAACAAGAGUUGCAUAUUUUGUUUGUAGUUAAGCCUAGUGGGUGUAAGUGUGUGUAUAUAGACCAGGUAGAUAAAAUGAUGUAUUUUAUUGGGAAUUGUGCUUUCAAUGUAAGUUAAUUUAUUCAGUUUGUCAACCUUGACUCUAUAGUUUUAAGUAGGAAACAUGAUUCAUGCUUACUCAUCUUGAUGUUCAACAAUUUUACUGUGUUCUCUUUUCUCUUAAGAUGGAAAAGGUGAUGUCAUAUCUUUUCAUCUUUCAAUAAUCAAAUUAAUGCCGAAAAUAGAUAUUACGUCAUUCUAAGAAAUCGAAGGACGUUAACCGUUAACCUUUGGCAUGUGAAACCUAGUCCCUGAUUUGUCACUCACAAGUUAAAUACGAAAUUCGAAAUUGGAUGGCUAUGUUUAUGAUUGUAUAUGUUUAUUAUUGUAGUAAAGUUAGUCUAUUUAUUAUAUUAUAAAGUUGAUUAAUAAAACACUAGCGUCUUCGUUAUUUUGCCUUACCAGACCACUGCCUUUAAUAUUUAUAUCAUGUUUUAGUCUGUGUAUGUAACAGUUGAUGGUACCGAUGUGUUUAAGAUGUUUGCUGUCAUGAUAUUUAAGUAACAUAUUUUUAACCGAAAUUGGCCCUUUACCAAAGAUUACCUAAUCCAAAGGCCAUUCAUGUAGCAAGCAAAAAAAAAAAACAAACAAACUGUAUCACUGGUCAAGGGUAUAAUAAUUAACUUUUAUACAUCUACGCCUUGUUAUUUAAUUACAUAUUUACUGAUAUCCAUCCAUAAAUUAUUUGAUGCAUUUUUGCUCUGAUGCAAGACGUUUGUCAGUAAUAUUUCGUGUUGGUGUUUAUUACCUUUUUUUUGAAUAGCACUAAGACUUUGUUCGAAUAUUUUGUAGAAUUUCAAUAUGCCUAAGUGAUAUUAAGAUAUCAAUGUCCUUGCAGUUAACACUGCUAAUUAGGAUAUUUAUAUUGCUAAGUAUUCUGGUAUGCCAUUAUUAAAAACAAAAUAUUUAAGAUGUGUAUGAAACCAUAAACCAUAUUAAUGCUAUGCGAUUCCGAACAAACGCCAAGAUGCUUAGGCCUGUUAAAUACUGUACUGAAAAGGGUUUUCUUUUCUUUCUCUCUGUAUUAAUAUUCAUAAAUGUAUUUCAUACAGGGAAUGAAUAAAUGUUUCUGUUCCUUUUGAGGAACUAAAAGGA